CAGCCGGUCUUUGCGUUUUAUUCCAAAACGGCGCAGGUGAGCCAUUCGACCGCUUACUACGAGGAGCAUAAACACUGCGCUGGAAGUAUAUCCACGGGACAUUUCUCAGAGAUAAACAAAGAUUCACGGAAGCUGGUCAUACGUCUGAAACAAAAUGCCAGCAUACUCGAUCCUGGAACCCAUUAGCUCCAUUGCUCAUGAUGGGCUCCAUGGAAACACGCCAGUCGUGACGAUACCAGCAGAUGCCACGCUCGACCAGGAUCAUGUUGAGAGAGCCGACGACGUCAUUGUUGCCGGCAUUUCCUGUCGUCUGCCAGAGGCGGAUAGCAUGGCGGAGUUCAGACACAACCUGUUUGCUGGAGUUGACAUGAGUACUGACGACGGCCGGAGAUGGGAGGCAGGUUUGUACGGAUUGCCGAGACGGAGUGCAAAACUGAAAGACAUUAGCAAGUUUGAUGCGGCCUUCUUUGGGAUUAGUCCAAAGCAAGCAGAACGAAUGGAUCCACAAAUCAGAAUUCUGCUGGAAGUUACUUAUGAGGCUAUCGUUGAUGCAGGUUACAACCCGCAGGAUCUGAGGGGCAGCAGGACGGGUGUGUUCGUGGGCGUGUCAGGGAGCGAAGCCUGUGAUGCAUGGAGCUUGGAUCCGGAGACUGUGUCAGGUUACACGAUGACUGGUUGCCAGAGGGCGAUGGUGUCAAACAGACUCUCCUUCUAUUUUGACUUCAAAGGUCCUAGUUAUUCGAUCGACACUGCAUGCUCCUCCAGUCUGUACGCCGUGGACAAUGCUGUAGCUGCUAUUAGAAGCGGCCAGUGUGACUCUGCUAUAGUCGGUGGAGUCAACCUGAACCUGAAGCCACAGACUGCACUCCAGUUUCAUAGGUUGGGAAUGCUGUCACCAGAGGGCAUGUGCAAGUCAUUUGAUGCAGCCGGCAAUGGCUACUGCAGGGCAGAGGGCGCUGUAGUAGUUCUGUUACAGAAGAGAGCUUCAGCGAGGAGGAUCUAUCUAACUAUUGUUCAUUCCAAGGCUAACACAGACGGGUUUAAGGAACAAGGCGUUACGUUCCCGGCCGGCGCGAUGCAGAAGCAGCUGCUGCAGGAAGUCUAUGGUGAGGCGGGGGUUGACCCUGCGAAGGUUGCAUACGUAGAAGCUCACGGCACCGGCACUAAGGUCGGCGAUCCACAGGAGCUCAACGCUGUCACCGACGUCUUCUGCAAGGCUCGCCAGGGAGCGCUGCCGAUUGGCUCGGUGAAGUCCAACAUGGGGCACGCCGAGCCUGCUUCAGGUCUUGCUGCAAUGGCAAAGGUAAUACUAGCAAUGGAGGAGGGAGCUGUUCCUGGAAACCUGCAUUACAAUGAGCCAAAUCCAGACAUUCCCGGCCUGAUUAAUGGAAAGCUCCAAGUUGUGACUAGCUCUAUGCCACUUCCCAGGGGCAGCUUUAUUGGCAUUAAUUCAUUCGGGUUUGGUGGUGCCAAUGUCCAUGUGAUUCUGAAGGGUCCAAACAAUGCGAGACCACAAAUGAUGACCGAUGAGGCGCGGCUAGUCAAGGUAGCAGGAAGGACACCAGAGGGCGUUGAAGGCAUGCUGAGAGCAGCCGAGGAAAACUCGCAUGACGCAGAGUUUCUCGCAUUGCUGGAUCUUAUAUAUGCCAGUCCCACCAGUCUGCAUCCGUACAGGGGUUUCACGGUGCUUAACACUAGCAAGCAAAGCGCCGAUGUGCAGCGUGUCAGCAGUGAGGCUCGUCCCAUUUGGUUUGUCUGCUCUGGCAUGGGCGUGCAGUGGCCGGGCAUGGCGCGCGACAUGAUGCGCGUGCCCGCCUUCAAGCAGACAAUGCUGCGGCUAGCUGACACGCUCAUGGGUCACGGGGUCGACCUCUGUGACAUCAUAGCGUCAGGCGAGGAGAAGAUGCUGGAGAGCACACCUGUUGCCUUCGCCGCAAUAGCCGCCGUACAGGUGGCGCUGAUUGAUGUUUUACGCUCGCUCGGCAUCUAUGGCGAUGGUUUCGUCGGUCACUCGGUCGGUGAGUUGGCCUGCGCCUAUGCAGACGGAUGCCUGACUGCAGAACAGACUGUACUCUGUGCUUACUGGAGAGGAAAGUGCGUGAGCGAGGCCAAGCUACCGGCUGGCAAGAUGGCUGCCAUCGGCUUGACGUGGGAGGAGACGAGGCGUCGCUGUCCGGCUGACGUUGUCGCCGCGUGUCACAACUCUCGCGACAGUGUCACCAUCUCAGGACCGGCUGCGAGUGUUGACGUCUUCAUGGCUGAGCUGCGAGCCGACGACGUGUUCGUGAGAGAGGUGGCGAGCUCAGGCGUUGCCUUCCACUCUCACCAGAUGGCGCAGAUCGCUCCUAAGCUCAAGGCUGCACUCGUUAAUGUGAUCAAACAUCCCAAGCGAAGGACUGCAAAGUGGAUCAGUACAUCUAUUCCAGAGAGCAGGUGGGAUUCAGCCCUGGCUCAGCUGUCGUCUGCUGACUACCACGUCAACAACCUAGUGAGCCCAGUACUGUUUCAGGAGGGACUGACUCAUGUGCCGGACAACGCGAUCGUGAUUGAGGUUGCCUCCCACUGCUUACUGCAGGCCAUAUUGAGACGGUCCCUUAACGAUGGGACGACGAUCAUUGGUCUGCAGAAUCGCAGGGAGGAAGACAACAUCAAGUUCUUCCUGGCCAGCAUCGGAAAGUGUUACGUGAGUGGAGUCAACCCGGCGCCAUGCAAGCUGCAGCCAUCGGCACCGCACUUCCCCGUGUCGCAGGGAACAGCGAUGCUGGGUCCUCUCAUAUCGUGGGAUCACUCACAGACGUGGGCCGUGCCCACACAGGACGAGUUCAUCAUCACCAACGGCAUGGGCGAAUGUAAGUUUGAGAUUGACCUCUUGCUGUACGCGCACGUCGCUGACGUGGUCAACAAAUGCACAGCAGGUGGCGUUGAGAUCACAGGCCUCCAUGCAGCCGUCGCACCGCGGCGCCACCAUCACGACUCGCCGACGCUGGAGCGGCACGUCUUUGUGCCGUACGUUGAGGAGUUGAGAGACGCCGCGCUGGACGGAUAUGUGAGCGCCUGCGAGGAGGUGUGUGGCCGCAUCGCCCGCGCUCUCGCCUCCACCGGGGGCGCUACCGUCCCCAACCCUCACCUCCUCGCCAAGAUCUGUGAACGUACACAGAAACAGUCGGACGCGGACGACUCCGGAUUCCAUGACCCCGAGAUCACCUAUGAUGUCGAGACACCGUCGGUGGCGGGCACCGCCUUCCACCUGCUGAACAAGAUGGCGGAGAUUGUCGCCGCGGGGUCAGACGGGGUCGUUGAAGCGCUGCGUGCGGCGGCGGGAGAGGCAGCGGGCGCGGAUGCCCUCCACCAGGUGGCGUUCUCUGGGCGCAGCCUGAAGGUGUGCGUCGACAUCGCACUUGAGAACCUGCGCACGGGGUCGUCGCUGGUCAAGGUCGUGGAGGUCGAGCCAGGCGAGCAGCGCCACCUAUCGGCGGAGGUCGCGGCGAUGAUGUGCCCGCAGCCGACGGUAGAUGUGGAGCGGGUCGUCUGCCGUGCGCGACCGACCGUCACCGACGACGAUGACGAUAACACGAGGGGGACUGGAGGUGUGCUUACUGUGAGGCUCCACCAGAUGCCGGAUAUGGCAGCUUGUUUCCUGCCUGAGGAGCAGGGGCCGAGGGUUGGAGAAUCAGGCUCCCAUAUCUACCUAACAGCUAACGACUGUGCCAGUGGCAUUGUAGGAAUGGUCAACUGUUUACAAAGGGAGCCAGGUGGUGACAGAAUCAGGUGCGUGUUAGAUGAGGAAGGGAUGGUCGAGGUUGGAGGCAAGAGGUGGGAGGAGAUGUGCAGGAGAGACUUGGUCAUGAAUGUAUACAGAGAGGGACUGUGGGGCUCAUUCCGUCACCUGCCCUUCAACCAAGAUGAGGAUGGAACCAAGAUGGCCGAGCACGCGUACGUGAACGUGGCGACCCGUGGCGACCUUUCCAGCCUGCGCUGGUUCGAGUCUCCACUCAAGCACUGGGCGUCGAUGACUGACGACAAGUACAAGGAGCUGUGCUCUGUCAGCUACGCCUCGCUCAACUUCAGAGAUGUGAUGCUGGCAACCGGCAAGCUGCCACCGGAUGCCAUUCCAGGUCACAUGGCGCUGCAUGACUGUAUCCUCGGCAUGGAGUUCUCCGGUCACAGCAGCGAUGGAAGGAGGAUCAUGGGAUUGCUGCCAGCUAAGGGUCUGGCGACGACCGUCGACGCUGAUAUCAAAUUCACGUGGCCUGUGCCUGAGUCGUGGACGCUGAGAGAAGGCGCUACCGUGCCUGUGGUCUACGCGACAGCCUACUAUGCUCUUAUCGUGAGGGGCAGGCUGAGAAAAGGAGAACGGGUGCUGAUACACUCUGGCAGCGGGGGUGUGGGGCAGGCGGCCAUCUCGGUGGCGCUGCACCAUGGAUGCGAGGUGUUUACAACCGUCGGCUCGCACGAGAAGAGAGACUAUCUGAAGCACAAGUUCCCACAGCUGCAGGACAAACACUUCAGCAACUCGCGCGACGCUAGCUUCGAGCAGGAGAUCCUGAUCGCCACCAAGGGAAAGGGUGUGAACGUCGUGCUGAACUCAUUGGCAGAUGACAAGCUACAGGCGAGCGUGCGUCUCCUCGCGCAACAUGGCCGCUUCCUUGAGAUCGGCAAGUACGACCUGUCGAGCAACACGCCGCUAGGCAUGGCAGUCUUUCUACGUAACGUCGCCUUUCACGGCAUCCUCCUAGACGCCCUCUUCGACCCCGACAAUGACGACUGGAUGCGUGUGCGCCACCUGGUGGCCGAGGGCAUCGCGAGCGGUGCAGUGCGCCCCCUGAAGGCGACGGUGUUCGCGCGCGAUCACGUGGAGGAGGCGUUCCGCUUCAUGGCACAGGGCAAGCACAUCGGCAAGGUGCUUGUACAGCUGUCACCCGGCAGAAGCUCACUACAUCAUCACAGGGGGCUAGGUGGACGUUCGGACUAUGAGCUGUGUCAGGUGACUGAUUCGAGCUAUGGGGGCUCAGAAUGUUGUCAGCUCACCAGCCGAUCCGGCAUGAAGACAGGUUACCAGCAGUACAGAUUGGCGGAGUGGCGCAAUCUGGGUGUGAAGGUAGAGGUCAGCAAGAUGGACGCCAGCAUAGAGGCACAGGCGAGACAACUGAUUGACGUGACACAGCAGAUGGCGCCACUAGGCGGCAUCUUUCAUUUGGCAGCGGUGUUGAGGGAUGGACUGUUCGAGAACCAAACAGCAGAGACCUUCAGCGAGGUAAACAAAUCUAAGAUGGCGGCUGCAGUUAACCUUGACCUCGUGACCCGCGACACGUGCGCCACCUCGCUGGACUGGUUCGUUGUGUUCUCGUCUGUGAGCUGCGGCCGUGGCAACGCUGGACAGACGAACUACGGCUACGCAAACUCAACGAUGGAGAGAAUCUGUGAGAGACGUCAGCGGGACGGCUUCCCUGCGCUCGCGAUCCAAUGGGGAGCGAUCGGUGACGUGGGGCUGGCACGCAGCCUGGGAGGCAAUGAUGCAGUCAUAGGUGGCACGCUGCCGCAACGCAUUACUUCCUGCAUGCAGACGAUGGAUGUGCUGCUGAACCAGCCAUUCCCCGUCGUCUCCAGCUUUGUGCUUGCAGAGAAGCGUGGCAGCGGCGGCGCAUCCACACAAGGCUCUCAAGUCGACCUUAUCCACGCUGUCGCCAACAUCCUUGGAGUGAAGGACGUCGCGACGUUGAAUGCUGAGCUGACGCUGGGAGAGCUUGGUCUCGACUCGCUGAUGGGUGUCGAGGUGAAGCAGACGCUCGAGCGAGACUUCGACCUCUCAUUAUCGAUGGAGAACAUCCGCCUGCUGACGAUGCGCUGCCUCGAGCGCAUCUCUCGCGGCGAGGCCGACAAGGACGAGGCGAGACACGGAGAGGAUUUGCGACGCGCUAAGGAGCUUGCGGAGAGCGAGGCGCUGAUACGAUACCGCUGGGACCUCAAUAAGCUGAUUCCAACGCAGUGUCUCGUAAAGCUAAACGAGGUUGAAGAAGGCAUACCCUACUUCUUGAUACACCCCUUAGAGGGUGCAGCACUGCAACUACAGGAUUUGGCCCCAGCAAUGCACUGUCCAGUGUACGGAUUACAGUGUACCACAGAGGCACCACUCACAAGUCUGCAAAAUUUGGCAACCUUUUACAUCCAGAAAAUCACCGACCACUAUCCGAUGGGAGCCGUCCAUCUAGGUGGCUACUCAUUCGGUGCCUGCGUCGCCUUUGAGAUGGCACUACAGCUGCAGCAGACGCAGCGCACCAUCGGCCAUCUUGUCCUGCUGGACGGCUCGCAUUCGUUCGUUGCCGCACACACGCGAAAGUACUCGGCACGUGCGCCUGCAGAGAGAGCCACGUUCGAGGUGGAGACGUUCUCGGAGGCUCUGUGCGCAUUCAUGAUGCAGUUCAUGGAGGUCGACUACAACACGGUACGCUGCGAACUACUGGCGGCAGACUCACAGGAAUCGCGGGUAGCUUACGCCACCGAGGUGCUCCUACAGACUGGUCUCUUCCACGAGCGGAGCGGCCUGGAGGAAGCUGCGUGGUCGUACUACAAGAAGCUGAUCAUCGCUGACCGUUACCAGGUGGAUGAGCAUUACCAUGGCAACGUCACACUGAUCCGGGCGGAGGAUGGACACGAGCAGGGCGAGGGACUUGGCGAAGAUUAUGGUUUGCACGAGGUGUGCGACGGAGUGGUGACAGUGCACAGGGUAGCGGGAGACCACGUGACCUUCGUGGAAGGCGACCGGGCCGUCGCCACGGCAGCGGCGAUCCUUGGUCAUCAGGCGACGACUGAGGCAUGUUGAUGUAAUGGUGUCGUCAUAGCUGUAGGUGUUAGCGGCGCCAUCUACCGAGAGAUGUGUGCAAGAAUACCUGCGGAUGUCAUUUUUGUCAAAAAUCUUUGUCGUUGUUAUUAUUGUUGCUGCUGUUGUUGAAGUUAGUGGAAGAAGAAUACCGGUUACAGAAAAUUCCAUUUUAAGAUUGCUCCUAAUGUCACAGAUUGCAUUCCGAGAUAUAGAGAGAGAGGGGCCAGAUGUAUGUGUUAUAUUUAAUAUAAUUUAAUAUGUGGUUCAAUUAUAAUUGUAUAUCACUUCACGUGAUAGCAAAUAGUUGUUUCUCUCCGUUGUACGGCACCAUGAAGUAACGUUUAAUUGCUUUCAAUAAAACACCGUGUGAAAAUAGAGUUAGGCUUGGUGUAAUAUAGCAAUCUAACUGUUCUGUGCCUCGCACAAGGAGCAUGUAGUGGUCUUUCACUCAUAAUCUUUAUACAGAUAUGUCCAUAUAUAUAUAUAUAUAUAUACGUACGUACAUACAUAUAUCAAUAUUUAUGCAUAUAUUAUAUGAUGUUAACGUUGUUUAAGAAGUAGUAGUUUUUGUUAUAUUUUGCUACAUUGGCCAGUUUAUUAUUAUACUUUGCAAUGUGGUGUGCAUUAUCUAGAUAUCUUUGCUAGUUAUCGCCAUUGCAGCACUAUCGCCCACAAUGAGAGCAGGCGCACAUAAUAGACCGAAUAUAUUCACGGAGAAUGCAUGUAAUAAUCUACUUAAGAUGAGAUGUAAUUGUCGUGUUAUCACUUCUCUGGUGUAUCGACUGUAUAUCGAUAUCAAUUCACCGCAUUACGUAUUUGUGCAUAGAUGUACAUAGAUGUGCCUCUGACUGUUGCAGGAACAUGCUUGCAAACGUUGAAGAUUUUGGUUACCGGUGAAAAGGCAGCCGCCAGGAAUGUAUACUUUGCGGUGUGUUAGUUUUGUGAUUGAAGGUUUCGUAAUUGUGUUAUUACAACUUAUUGUGUUAAGCAUUGAUCGAGUUGCUGUGAGUAAGUAAAUUGGCGAGCACGAAUCUGAACACGAAUGUGUUGCUUAUAGGUUAGAGGUAUUUAUUUUGAAAUAAAGAACGUGGAAAAUUA